AUGCCACGCAAACCGUCGUUCUCAUCUCCGACCUUCUCCCAACGUUACCACCAAAAGAUGAAGGAGAAGGCUGUGUUCGCGGUUCACCGUCUCCUAGAAAUGACUGAGCAGGAAAUGGAUCAUGCCACGGAGCUCUACAAUCAAGCAUUCUUCGAAGACAGUUACAUGAAGGCUAUUGUUGGUGGGAACUGGUCUCUAGCUCGCCUGCAAAGACGCUCUGUAUUACGGGCAGCCCUACUGGAAGGAGAGGUCUACGCAGUCAAAGAUACAGAUUCAGACCGCAUUAUCUCGAUGGGGAUAUGUUUUGCACCCGGCAGAACCCUAUUUGGGACGGAAGCACAACGUUCCUUGGGAUACGACGAUUGGAUCAAACAUCUCAGUCCUGAAGCGUUACAUUGGAAUACCCAUACUGUUCCGGAGCUUAAAAAACGGGAGGUAGACCCCAUGUUCACCAAAGAGGAAAUGAAGAGAAGAUGGUGGUGUUACGCACUAUUCACAGAUAUCGACCAUCGUGGCAAAGGAUGUGCGAAAGCGAUAGUGAACGAAGUUACUAGACGUGCAUCACAGGCGGACGGAACUCUCGGACUACUUACUACCCUUCCCAUUAACGUCGUCAAGUACAAAGCAAUGGGAUUUCAGGAGAGAGGAAUGUACACGGUACCUACGAGUUUCGGAGACUUGAAGGCCUAUGUCCUGACGAGGAAAAAUGGAACGCCUGGUUUUGCGUAGCUCAUAUACCCGAAACUCAAUCGGCAGAUCAAGAGAUUUACAGACAGCAUCUGGAUUUGUGUUUGGUCAGUCGCAAGACCAAAAUGCAGAACACGAUACGGGGCAUCUUCGAUAAAAGAACGGAGGUGGAGGGUUGAAGAAUUCAACGGGUAAAUCUUAGCGUAGCUGGUGUCGUGUAUCCCGGGUCCUCAACUGAACCUUCGCAACGUCUGACGAGGAGCUAUGACGGCGUGAAGUGAGGAUAAUGUGACUCUUUCGCCCGACAAUAGGAAGAUUGUCAUCCGGCGAUAUUGCGUGAGUCAGCGUGAAAAGACCUUUGAAACUUGAGAUAACCAGCGUCACGGCAUGCUACCCGAUAUUAACUUAAUGCUUAAGCGUUCGUGUUCUGUUAUGGGUGGAUCUGUAGAUAAAUCAGUCACUUAAGAUCGCAAUAAGUAAUAAGUCACCACAGUCGGCCGAUGGGUCCAAUUGAUGACAAUCCCGAUUCCCUGUGCUCCGCCGAUUCCGAUUCCCUAAACUCGCAAGAAUGGUUGACUGAAUGAAAAUAUCGUAUUACGUGCGGAAGGCUUGGAGCAUGAGCUUACGAUAUGUGAACAUCAAAUAACAUCCCCGCCAAAUCCAAAAGAUUGCGUCGGUGAUUACGUUGUGUUGGAGUUGACGCUGAGAAAUGAGAGCAGCGGGAGAAAAAACCGGCGAGGAUGUUCAGGCCCCAGCGCUCCAACCUGACCGCGAAUCUACGAGAGUCCCUUCCUAGGUUGAUUUACCGUAAGUUACAGUGGGUGUAGGUGAUGGAAGUUGAAG